UAGACUCUGGCGGUGCGUUUCGUAUAAAAGAAUUCAAGGUCAAAAUCUGCUCGUACAACGUGUGAUCGACCCUUGGUGCUCCACAACGUUUCUUCUGUGUUCAGUGAAUUAUUUUCUUGUGAAAUUUGUCUGAAACAAAGGAUUCGCAGUGAAAGUUUGUGAAGAACGUCUUCAGUGUUCUGCCAGUGACUAGAUAGCCUUGAUUGUUUUUUUGUUAUUUUUGGAACUGUGUGUUGUUUGGUGGGAAGGAAUGCUGUGAAGACCUCUCUCUUCAACUCGCAGGUAGACCUACCGCGACGCAGUGGUCAAUUUGAAACCAAUUUGGGAUUAUGACAGAAUUUGAGCGAUGCUGAAGUGGGCAGUGGGGCAACGAGAAAACAGCAAUGGCGGAUGUUGCAGAGCUACUCUCAAACUACCCAGAAGGCAUCACAAUAGGGAGAACAAGGAGAACAAUUCCCAGGCUUCUGCCACUUCAUCGCAGAAUAAUACAGGUGGUGGCGGGGAGGCAGGAUCACGUGACAGCAUCUACAUGAGACUGGAGGCGAUUCCGGCGGUUCUACGGGAUGUGAGCAACCAGGCGCAAACAGGCACACCUGAACAGGCGGGGCGGAGACGAAGUGGCACCAUGCGAUUCGCCAAAAGUCCCUGCAAGACAUCCACGUUACACCACGUCACCGCACUGCCCGGGCUCAAACGACGGCUGGAGGAUCAUCCUCAAAGGUUUGACGAUGCAGACCAAAAUGACGCCCACAGUCUGGCACCAGUUACCAAGAAGCAGCCCUGUAUGGGUGCUCACGACCCUGUUGAAGGUGCCGCCCUUCUAUCAGCUCCAAGCCAGAGCUGUUCAGCGCUCUACAGCAAAGACCACCUCAUGACCGAGAUCGAAUACUCACCGUGUCCACUCCGAGCGACCCAGAGCCUCAUGUUCCUCAGGAAAAACAUCUGCCUGGAUAACCCUCUCUACUACACACUGCCUGGUUCCCCCACUCCAAGCCCUGAAGAAAUGAUCAACAAAGAACUGCCAGCAGCAACCUCUGAAACACCGAUGAACCCGGUUGUUUCCAACCUGAAGUUCCUCAACGCCAAACGGAUCGGAUUUGGGUCGUCACCUUCAAAAUCCACUUCUGAUGUUUCACCUCUAGCUAGGCGGUUAGCGUAUCUUAGACUCAGCAACACUAAGAAACUGUCAGGGAUAAAGGUUAACAAUGAUGACGGGGGACUGGUUACCCCAUCGUUCCUCCAAAGUGGACCAGAAAAUCUGAGACAUUGUGAACAGGAAAACAGUAUCCUGGAACACUUGAAGAAGAGUGAUAAACUGGUGCUUGAAAAUAAUGAAAACGAGGUUUUCCGGUUUGGUCAGAUACACCGGGAUGCAACCUGGGACAAAAACCCAGUCGACGUUCAAGGAUCAUCAAAGGAAAACCUACAAUCCUUGAGGGAUAACUUUAGAAACCAAACUAGCACAAACCACGACAGGCAUAAUGUUCUACAAAAUAUUAGUAAUUUUAAUCUAGGAAAUAGUAAAGAUCGUUCACCUGGUUUUGUGAAUAGUAAAAGGUUACCGCAAACAAAUAAUCUUAUAGAGAAAGAGGGCAGUGAACAGACAAAGAAGAGGAGAGGGAUUGUUUUCGACGAGCAAAAUUUCUCUCUGAACACUCCAGGAGACUCGGAAUCCGUGGAUCGACAAUCGUCAUCGUUUACCGCUUCUGUAGAUCUUGAUAAACCCUCAACUUUCAAACGGCAACGUGUGAUAGUUAGGAGGAGGAACUCAUCGAAGAAUUCUAACAGAAAACGAAUUCCACAUAUCAUAUCAAGUUUGACACUAUCCAAAGGUUUGCCAAGUCCGUUCUUCAACGAUAGUUUCGAUGAUGAACAAAGUAAUGAGAAGGGAACUAGUAAGGAUUCUUCGAAGGAAACUAGGGGCAGUUUCAUGGGUUUGACACUUCCCGAGGGAAUCCCAAGUCCUUCAAGCUCCGAGGGAAACGAGGAACAACGGGAGGACUUCAUCGAGGAUCUUCCAGGUGUAAAACCCUUGAAAGAGUGUGGAAAAGGACAUAAUAGGAGUAAAAGGAAAGCGGAGAACAGCUGUGAUACGUCUGUUACGUCAGAGGGAACGUGGAAUUCGCAUCGGAUGCAUUUCUUGAAAACGCCGCGGUUGACUGAUGCUCACAUACUGCAUGAUGCUACGUUCUCUAUGCAGACUUCGUCCAGCCAGAAUUUGAAUGAGGAGGAUGAGGGAGUCUCAAGUCUGGCAUCUUCUGAUGUCGGUCAAAGUCCGUUGGCAAUGGUGGAGAGGAGGUCCAGAUCGAGAAGAUGUUUGAGAUUUGCUUCCCCGCGUCACAACACUUCUCUCCAUAAACCAAGAUCCACUUCAUCAAGGAAGAAAUUGCAAGAGAAAGGUGAACUGGAAUUAUCAGUCUACUGCAACAACAACAUGAUGACAAUUCACAUUGUUCGUGCUCGCAACCUUUAUCGCUCACCAAGGAACGAGCCCUGCAAUGCUUAUGUGAAGGUGUGCCUUAUUCCUUCAGCUUCUGAACGGACGUUCCAUCGAACGUGCGUUCGUAAGGACUCGAACAAUCCGCGUUUCGACCACAAAUUCUCCUUGGAGCUGAAUGAUGAGGAUAUGGAACGUCGACUGCUGGUGUCAGCGUGGCAUCGAGAUAGAACAAAAAGGAGAAGCGAGUUCUUGGGAUGUAUGACAUUUGCUGUUAAGAAUGCAGUUAAAAAGGAAAUCAGUGGCACAUUCAGACUACUCUCACAAAACUCUGGGAGGACUCAGCAUGUUCCUUCAGGCACUGGAUCAGGAAACCAGGGGAAUGAAGAUACUGCAGUGAUGGCGAAUCAAUCCGAUUCCAGUAUCGAAGAGCUCGUAAGCAUUGAAGAAUCCGAUGUACCUCCAACGCCAGAACAAGGUUCAGAGAGAAGGAAGAGUUCCUGCAAAAAGACUGUCGAGAAAGGCUAUGACGACAACAUCUUCCUCAAGCACCUGGAGCUGGACCCGCCGCCCCCAGAGACGACGCCGGCGGGCGGUGGCAGCGGGGGUGGGGGUGGCAUUGGCAAGGGUGGGUCAACGGCGACCAUUGUGGGCAGUAAGGGGGGGCGCACCCCCUUCACUACCACACGCAAGUUGUGUCGAAAGCCGGGAACCAGUUUCGGAUUCUCUAUAGCGUGGACUCAUCCACCCAGGAUAGAACGGGUGGAAUCAGGACUGCCUGCCGAUCAAGCCGGAUUGCGCCCCGGAGACUAUGUUAUAUUUGUAGAUAAAACCAAUGUUGUUACCCUCCAGGAAGAGGAGAUCCUUAAAUUAAUAAAAUCUUGCGGCAACCAACUGAUCCUCGAGGUGUACCGUAAAACGAACACCAACGGCGUAGUGGGUCGCAACUCACUUGCAGCCAUGGGCCUCCACUCCUCGCACACGCAUGCACACGCGCCGGCACGCUCGUCCACCGCCUGCUCAGGGGCGACUACUGCCACCGCCACCGCCUCUGCCACGGCCUCCGCCUCCUUGGAGCUCACCAAGCGCCGCCUCCACCUGCCUCAGGUCACGUUCACCUCGGAGGGAGUACCUGAGAACAUAAAUGAAGCGAGACGGAGAGCUAUCUACCAACUCCUCAAUCUGGAACAACAGUUCGCUCUCUGUUUACAAUUCGGUAUCAGCAGGUUCCUCCUUCCGCUGGCUGAGAGGAGGGAUGUCAUAUCUCCUCAAGAUCAUAAUACACUCUUCCAAAAUGCUCAAGAGAUGCCAGCCAUUAAUUCGUGUUACCGAAGAUACUGUGUAGGCUUGAAGAAAGCCGACUGUUUAUUAGUUGAAAAGACAAGAGAUGCAAACUUCAUGAGACUGCUAACUGAACCCCCAAUUCCUAGAAGAAGGCCUGACCUUACCACAUUCCUACAUAAGCCUUUAGAGCACUAUAGAGACGUACUGAAAGCAUUGCAAACAAUACACAACAAUACCUCGGCGAAGGACCAUGAUUACCCAGCCAUUAACAAAGUGGUCCAGGACUUCCAAUCAACAUACAGAGACGUGACAGUGGAGUCGGGCCUAAUGGAACCAGAGGGUGAUGGGAAACCUUUGCUUUCAUUACAAGAUCUAGAAAGCAGACUUGUUUUCACCCGGUGUAAGCCGUUCGUGCUAAGUUCGCCCGGACGACAGUGGAUAUUCGGCGGCGACCUGAGUCGCGUGGAGGGACGAUCAGUGCGGCCGUUCUGGGCUCUGCUCUUCACCGACCUCCUCUUGUUCGCCAAGGUCAGCCGCGAUCGAGUCCUCUUUGUCACCGAGGAGCCUCUCUCUCUACUCACCGUCAGUCAGGCGCUCUUCUCUAUCAGAAAGAAAGCUACGGAGUUCCGACUGCUACUGAGUUCGACCCCCCCGGGAACCGACAGCCCUGUGCCCGCCGGGUGUGGAGGAGCUCUCUCCGAAUUUCCACUUCGUGGAACGCCCCGGAAAAACUCGAGGAAACGAACUGUGGCACUGCGUGCUCCGACACCUGAACUCAAAGCCGUCUGGCAGAAUCUCAUUCAACGGCAAAUAAUCUACCUGAACACAGGCCGCGGCGGGACGCCGGCGAGUAGUCCGCUGGACUCACCCGAUCCUCUGACGGCGGACAGCGUCGCUACGCUCGACUCCAUGUCACUCAAACGGCAGGUAGUGAUAGUGCCUCCUCCCUCCCCCAACCCGCAACCCAACAACCAAACCCAACCACAAAACGAAUCCAAAAACGAAACAGAAGACCCCAAUGAUAACCCACCUCAUCCCAAAACUGAACCCGAAAAAGAUUCUGAUAAACCUUCUCCUGAAAAAGAGCCUGAAAAGCCACCCCCCGAAAAAGAACCCAAAAAAGAGCCCGACAAGACACCCCCCAAAGACCCCGAUUCCACAGUGUUGGCCCCACCCCCUCCAGAGACCCGUCUACCAUGCGGGCUGGAUGAACUGAUCGAGCACCGUUGUCGGCAACUUGGCAAAUCGGGCAGCAAGGGAAGCGCCCUGCACCUGGCGCAGUGGAUGCGAGGCCAGCUGGGCACCACCGCAGGGGGCCCGAGCGAUUGCUCGACUUCGAAUGCGCCGACCUCGCCCGAUGAGCCCGAAAUGGAGGUGUGGUCGACCGAGGAGCUGCGCAGGCGCGAGGAGAUGAUCCACUCGUCGCCGCGGAACGUCAGUCGGUGCGAGGACUUUGAGAUGUCCGAUCAGGAGCUGCGCAGCCAGUCGCGGUGCAGUACUUCCGAUAGUCAGAUGACAGUCCGAUCCACAUCAGCCAACUCGGAGCGGCCACUGACCGUGUGCCGUCAAUGCCACAAAACGUGCCUUGUCUCGAACAACAACAACAACACCAGCUCACACCAGACGCCACACCGAAGCGAGCGAAGUGAGCACCAUCGCAGACAGAAACACGAGGUGCAACGAGAGUGCAGCACCGACACACAGUCGGAAACGGACGUCAACGCGAAUCCGACGUCCAACCGCACAUCUGACUCAACGUCCGACUUCAUAGACGACCUGUGGGGUCCGAUCUCGUUCGUACCCUCAGUAACCAAUCUGAACCCCGUUGAUCCCUUCAGUCCAGUGCCUGUCCCCCAUAUAUCGGUUCUGCCCCCCUCUCCACCGAGUAAUAGAGACAUUCGUUCAAAUAACAAUUUCUGGGAAGACGCUCCUCUCACUGAUGCCAAGGAUACGACUACUGCUGCUUCCAAUAUUAUUGUGAAUAACAAAAGUCCCAGCAAACCAAUAAAUCGGCAGAACUCGCGAGACGAUGAGGCAGAAGACAGCGAGGGGGAUGCUGAAGAACCACCCUACAGGUCUCUGUCGCCUUGUGCCCUGAAGAGGUACGGCACUGUCAGCAGUCUGGAGAAGUUGGAUGAAUCAGAUGGCGAUGAGACGGGCAAAGAACAGGAAGAGCUUCCAUCAGAUGUUCAAUCAGGGUAUGUGACCCAGUCAAUCAGGGGAUGGACUGUAAAAGCUGGUACGUUUGUUGCCGAGAAAAUGUCUUUUUUUGAACGCCUUGGUGAAGACACGAAAGGAGCCUCGUUUUUCGAUAGAUAUCUUCGAGCAAUGCCGGAGCACAUGAGUGAGGAGUUGGCGGCCACCUCGACGACAGUGGCGGGGGAAGACGAGUGUGAGACCUCGGGAGGGACGUCCGGGGAGGAGGUAUGGGGAACUCCAACCAGUGGCGAUUCGGAACUCGCUUCUCCAAUAGAGAUUCAAAGCCCGGAUAGCGCCAUAGGCACGGCACAAGACGACGCUCGCGAACAGCUGAUGAUGGAGGAGUUGCUGGGCAGUGUGGUGUCCUCCAUCAUGGCGCCUGGCUCCUGCCUGCCACGAGCAUUCCCCCAGAGGAGGCGACUCGAGCCUCUGCCCGAGGAUGAGGAGAACUCCUCGGAGAGCACCUCGCCGGACGUCAGUGAAUGCACCAGGAGUCACAGUACUGAUCAGGGAAAUCGUUCAGACAGUUGUGUGAUUAGGAUGAGGACCACUUCAAAUACUAAAAAUGGUUUUUUCAACAAACUUCGUCUCCGUAGAAGUCAUUCUGCUGAUUCCAGACAUUCUAAAAGCAAUAGAAUACUGAAAUUCCUUCGCACCACGAAGAGCGAAGAACAUACCAGCUGUUCAAGCUCCAGCAACCGACUGAUGAGACUGUUCAGUCGUGACUCCAUUGAUGACAUCCCCACCACGAUGCCCAUCAAUGCCCAACCCACCCAAAACAAUAGUGCCAACUCAUCAACUGCUAGUGCCAGUGCUGCCAACUCGUCCAACCAAAACCAACGACAACCACAUGAUAAAUCCAUGGAAAGAAGGUUCUGGAAACAGUUACGGCGAAGACGCAAUUCAGGAUCAAAGUCAUCAAUAUCAGCUAAUUAGUGUCAAAAUGUGGAUUCAGUGAGAAUUGGAGAUUAAAAAGACUUCAUUGAACAAUUCAAUAUCAACCAGAAUGUGUUUCAACCACAUAAAUAGAUGAUAUGGUUUAUUUUUAUAGAAUUUACCAAGAGGUUCAAUUAGUAAACAUUAUAAUCUGAGACAGUAGUUUAUGGAGAAAUAAUUAAUUAUCUGAUUCAAUAUUUAAUUCCUAAUUACUGCUCAUAUAUGUAAAAAUAAAUUUGAAUGCUUCCACCUAUCAAGUUUUUUUGAUACAUAUUUUUGAAUAGAUUUAGCUACAGUGCAUUCAAUAAUCAACCAAACGAUUCUAUUCAGAGCGAAUCCUACAUUUCCGAUGAAAAAAGGUUACUACAAAACAGUUUAGUUUCCAUCGGUUUACAUGUACGAAUGUACGAUUGGAGCGAUAUUACGAUUGGAGUGAUGAAUUAACUGCAUUUUAUUACUAUUUAGUGUAUGUACUAAUUGUAUUAAAAAACUUCACUUUUGUGAGUAACAGUGAUUGUAAGUUAUUUUAAGAAUUGAUCAACUUUACUAACUCAUCUGAAGCAUACAUUUCUGACGUAUAAUAAAUUAUACAAGUUCUUUCCUAAGAAAUAAAUUUGUCGUAGCCUAUUCGAAAGGAUAUGAUGAUUAGAAUAACUGGAUAAAAAUAAUAUUUUAGAAAUCGAUAGAGAGAUGUGAUGAAGUAACCUAAAAUUCGCAAUAAUAAAAAUUGUUCAUAUUUGCUAAACCAUGAAAAGUGCUGUUAUUAGAAUAAUGCAAAUUCAGUAUUUCAUUAAGUUAGUUGUUUCUUGCAUGCACUCAAAUAAUAAUACAAAGAUAACUUUUAAAAAUAUUGAUAGAUUAAUUUAUUGACGACUAGAUUUAGAUCAAAAACUAUGAUAAUAAUUAUUGUUGAAUACUUUAUAAUAAUCACUUUAAGCAUCUCAGUUAGCUAGAUGAUAUCAACAAAUUUGGAAAUAAUCAGUAAGCAUUUGCUUAUUAGUAAGUUGUUCAGAUAGAAAGAAGAAUGUGCAAAUGAUGAUGAUAAUGAACUACUUGCCUCUGAAAAAAACGAAAUAUCGUUCUCCAUUAGAGGCCUAUCAUUCCGUAGGAUUUUCGGAGUAAGAGGUUCAAAUUUGUUUAAUCGGAUAAGAAGUAAUAUAUUGAGUUUGAACGUGAUCAAAUCCCCAUACCUUGAAAGAUAUUUUUUGGCAGAGUCUUGUUCAAAACACUAAAUUUGUAUUCGACUGAUUUAUACAUCUAGUUUGCCAUGACAGUAUUAAUUUCCCAGGAGAUUGCAUUUUUUAUAUAUUGUUUCAAAUAUUUUAAAGCCUGAUCCCAGUCCCUCAUCUAAAUAUUUUCAAUGGAAUCAUUUUGUUUUAUCAUUCAAAAAAUAUCUUAAUUAAUAAUUUUCUAAUUUAGACACUUGAUAAUAGCAUAAUUGGCCAAAACCGGUCGUGUUUUCAAA